AAAACGGGAACCGCGUCUGGACCUGGCUCCAACUGUGACAUCACAUCACCUCCUUCACGCCGCAGCACGUCUCACGGCACGCCAUGGCGGGUCCUUCGCGCGCGCCCGAGAAGAGACAGGCCUCUCUCACCGACUUUUUCACUAUCAAUGGGUUGAGCAAGAAGCCCACGGCUGCAGCGAACGCGGCCAAGGACGAGUCGCCGCUGUCUCCACCGCCCGCCCCGAACGCCGCCCGGAAGCGGCCGCUGCAGGAAACCGCCGACAAUGUGAGCGAAAAGCCCCGCCGUGCUGCAAAGCGCGCCAGGUCGAUUCUCGACGAUGACGAUGAUGAUGACGACUACAACCCCGAGGACUCGUCCGACGUUCCGGGGACCGAGCCGUCCAUCAGGGCGCCCGUCGCGAAAGGCUCGCUCGCCCGGUCGCGGACUGAACGAUACGCUUAUGAUGCGGGUCAACAGUCAGCACCGGAUGCGACGGGGGGAGAGUCGGGUGACGAGGAAGACGCAGAGAGGCGGAGGAAGGAGGAGCUGCACAGGAAGUUCGUAAAGAAGCUAGGACAUCCCGAUAGUCUGUCUCUGCUCCGGAGACGCGAGGUCCCGGGCGAAAGCGAGAGCCCCGGCUUGGAAGACGAUGACGAGGAUGCCGGAACCGGUGCCGAGGAGGAGGAGCCGCCUCCACCGACCAAGAACAAGAAGAAGGGCGCCAAGACGGGCAAGCUGACCCCGAUGGAGAUCCAGUUCCUCGACAUCAAGAGGAAGCACAUGGAUACAAUAUUGGUCGUCGAGGUCGGUUACAAGUUCCGCUUCUUUGGCGAAGAUGCCCGGAUCGCUGCCAAGGAAUUAAGCAUCGUCUGCAUCCCGGGAAAGUUCAGAUACGAUGAGCACCCAUCAGAAGCCCACCUCGACCGCUUCGCCUCGGCCAGCAUCCCCGUCCAUCGCCUCAACGUCCAUGUCAAACGCCUUGUAGCCGCUGGGCAUAAAGUCGGCGUCGUGCGCCAGCUUGAAACGGCCGCCCUCAAGAAAGCCGGCGACAACCGCAAUGCGCCCUUCGUCCGGAAGCUCACCAACGUCUACACCAAAGGGACGUACAUUGACGAGACCGGGGAGCUCGACCAGCCGGCCGAGGCCGCCGGUGCUCCCGCAGGCGGCUACCUUCUCUGCCUCACCGAAUCCGCGGCUAAGGGCUCCGGAACGGACGAGAAGGUCGACGUCGGCAUCAUCGCCGUCCAGCCCGCCACCGGUGAUAUCAUCUUUGACGACUUUGAAGAUGGAUUCAUGAGGCGCGAGAUUGAGACCCGUCUUCUCCACAUCUCCCCUUGCGAGCUUCUCAUCGUGGGCGAGCUAUCCAAGGCGACCGACAAGUUGGUGCAGCAUCUGGCUGGCAGCAGUACAAACGUCUUUGGUGACAGGACCCGCGUGGAGCGGGUGCCUAAGAGCAAGACGAUGGCCGCUGAGGCGUCCUCGCAUGUUACCCAGUUUUACGCCGGCAAGACCAAGGACAACGAUGAGCGGUCGGCAGCGCUGCUUGACAAAGUCCUGAAAUUGCCCGAAGCAGUCACCAUCUGUCUGUCCGCCAUGAUCACGCACCUCACCGAGUAUGGCCUGGAACACAUCUUCGACCUGACCAAGUACUUCCAGUCAUUUAGCACCCGGCAGCACAUGCUGAUUAACGGAACCACCCUGGAGAGCCUUGAGGUAUACAGGAAUGCGACAGACCAGUCCGAGAAGGGAAGCCUGUUAUGGGCGCUAGACAAGACGCAGACUCGCCCCGGUCGGAGGCUGCUGAGGAAAUGGAUCGGCCGUCCGUUGCUGGACCAGGAACAGCUGGAGGAACGUGUCUCGGCAGUCGAGGAGCUGCUAGAGCACCAAUCGACCGCCAAGGUGGACAAGCUCGUCGGCGUGCUCAGCUCGAUCAAGGCCGAUCUCGAACGCAGCCUCAUCCGCAUCUACUACGGGAAAUGCACUCGGUCGGAGCUCCUUUCGACUCUGCAGACCUUACAGCGGAUCGCUGUAGAAUUCUCGAGGGUGAAGACGCCCGCAGACACGGGCUUUAAGUCACGCCUUAUCAGCGAGGCCAUCUGCUCGUUGCCAGGCAUCGGGGUCAUCGUCAACUCGUACCUGGACAAGAUCAACGCCCAGGCGGCCAGAAAAGACGAUAAAUACGCCUUCUUCCGUGACGACGAGGAGACGGAGGACAUUACGAACCACAAACUAGGCAUCGCUGCCGUCGAAGCGGAUCUGGAUGCCCACCGCAAGGACGCUGCCGCCAAGCUGUCCAAGAAGACGCCCGUUAACUACGUCACCGUGGCCGGCAUCGAAUACCUCAUCGAGGUUCCCAACACCGACCUGAAGCACGUCCCUGCCUCGUGGGCCAAGAUCAGCGGCACGAAGAAGCUGUCGCGCUUCCACACCCCCGAAGUGAUGCGUUUGAUGAACGAGCGCGACCAGCACAGGGAGGCCCUCGCCGCAGCCUGCGACGCCGCCUUCGCGGACCUCCUCAAGGAUAUCGCAUCCGAAUACCAGCCCCUCCGCGACGCCGUCGCCUCGCUCGCCACGCUUGACUGCCUGCUCUCGCUCGCCCAAGUAGCCGCCCUCCCGGGCUACAGCAAACCGACCUUCCUCCCCUCCACCGCGCCCCCGACCAUCUCCAUCACCGACGGCCGCCAUCCGAUCGCCGAACACACCCUCCCCAACGGCUACAUCCCCUUCACCACCUCCCUCACCUCCCCCGCGCCCAUCGCCCAGCUCAUCACGGGCCCCAACAUGGGCGGCAAAUCCAGCUACGUGCGCGCCGUCGCCCUGCUCGUCCUCCUGGCCCAGAUCGGCUCCUUCGUCCCCGCCAGCGCCAUGUCCCUCACGCUGGCCGACGCCAUCUACACGCGCAUGGGCGCGCGCGACAACUUGUUCGCGGGCGAGAGCACCUUCAUGGUGGAGGUGUCCGAGACGGCGGCGAUCCUGCGCGGCGCGACGCCCCGCUCGCUCGUCAUCCUCGACGAGCUCGGCCGCGGCACCUCGACCCACGACGGCGCCGCCAUCGCACACGCCGUGCUCGACCACGUCGUCCGCGAGACCCGCUGCCUGACCCUCUUCAUUACGCACUACCAGAGCCUGGCCCGCGUCGCCGACGGCCUGGGCGGCGGCCGCGUCCGCUGCGUGCACAUGCGCUUCGAGGCCAGAGCCCCACAACAACAGCACCGCCAAAAUCAACACCAAAACCAAAACCACCACCAGCAGCUACCCCCCGCCGACGGCGAGGACGCCAAGGACGAUGAGCCCUCCCCCGACCCGGCCGACGAGGAAAUCACCUUCCUGUACGAGGUGGCCGACGGCGUGGCGCACCGGUCCUACGGGCUCAACGUGGCGCGCCUGGCCCGCCUCCCGCGCCGCGUGCUCGACGUGGCCGCGCGCAAGUCGCGCGAGAUGGAGGAGGCCGUCAAGGCGCGCCGGCUGCGCGGCGCCGCGCGGCUGCUGGAGGACGUGCUCCGGCGCGGCGGCACCUGCGCCGGCACCGGCACCGGCGGGGACGAGGACAGGGACGGGGACGGUGACGGCGAGACCGAGCGACUGGAUCACUUGGUCUCGAGCAUCGAACAGCUGUAGAAGUUGGUGUGGUCAAAUAUUUGGUGUGCCGGAAUAGUGCAUUGGUCAGCUUGUAGUGUGUCUCCAAAUGAGUCUCCUUCCGUAUGUGCGUUUGCUCAGCCCGAGGCCUUGUCUCGCUAGAAAUAUAUCCAAGGCUGCGAAGCCUUCAUUAAUCGUCCCUUGGUCGAUCUUCGAAAUGGAAAUCAUGAAUCGUGUGUCAAUUGAGCACAUUGGCUGUUCACUGUGCUCUUGUGUCGACGCUUGCGCGUAACUGGGGCCAUGGAUCUCGUCUUCACUCAAACACGGCUC